AUGGAGCAUGUCAACGAUCUCCAGGAAGGCAUCUCAACAGAACGCGCCUUUGAGGCAGAUCCCAUCCCGUCGCUGUCGGAGACCAUCACCCUACGGUCAUUGGUGGUUAGCCUCAUCCUUAGUGCAGCCCUCAGCGCCGUCGCCAUGAAGAUUAGCCUGAACUCAGGCUUCCUCCCACCGCUCACCAUCCCCGCCGGCCUCAUUGGUUUUUACCUCUCUCGUGCAUUGAUCCGUCUUCUUGAUUACUUUGAGGUGGAACACCUGCCAUUCACCCGCCAGGAGAACACCGUCAUCCAAACCUGUGUCGCCGCCUGCUCCGCCAUUACAUUUAGUGGUGGGUUUGGAACGUACAUCCUCGCGAUGGGCAAGGAAGCAGCUGGAGGGGAUAUCAGGGAUGGGAAGAAUAUUGUCGAGCCAAGCAUUGCUCGGUUGAUCACUUUCCUCUUCCUCGUCAGUUUCUCUGGCAUGUUCAUCCUCAUGCCCUUCAGGAAGGUCAUGAUCAUUCGACACAGGUUGACAUACCCUAGUGGAAUGGCCACGGCACAACUUAUCAAUAGCUUCCAUACCCCUCAAGGCGCCAACAACGCAAGGCAACAAGUGCACAUGUUGUUCAGAUCAUUGGGGGGAACCAUAUUCUGGAACGCAUUCCAAUGGUUUUUCACUGCUACAAAGGGCUGCGGCUUCAGAGCCUUCCCCGUGUUUGGCCUUGAGGCAUAUAAGCGUGGAUUCUACUUCGACUUCUGCAUGACCAAUGUCGCCAUCGGCAUGCUAUGCCCAUACAUAAUCACUGUCUCCUUGUUCAUCGGGAGUGUUAUCUCAUGGGGGAUCGUUUCACCGUACAUUGCAGCAAAGGAGGGUAUCUGGUACACUACUGACCUUAGCACGGCAACCCUCAGCAACGUGAAGGGCUAUAAGGUUUUCAUUGGAGUGUCCAUGAUACUUGCCGAUGGCCUCUUCAACUUCUUAUCCAUCAUGUUCUGCACAUUGUGCGCCAUGUACAAGAGGCGCAGGCCACCAAUGCCAGGACAAGCUGGCGGUGAUGAUGACAGUGACAUGCAGUUGCCGUUCCACAGCCUCAAUGCUGCUGAGCAGCAGAAGGCGAUGCAGAGCUUCGACGACCGGCGCAGGGCGCAGGUGUUUGUCCGGGACCAUAUACCUAACUGGGUCAGCAUUCUUUGCUACAUCCUCCUGUCGGCGCUCUCCACCGUCGCCAUCCCCUACCUCUACCCGCAGAUAAGGCCCCACCAUGUUGCCCUCAUCUACCUGGCUGCUCCGGUCUUCGCCUUCUGCGACGCCUAUGGCUUUGGCGUGACCGACAUGAACCUGUCGAGUACCUAUGGCAAGCUGGCAAUGCUCGCCGUCGGCUCGGUCGUGGGCUGUAACAAUGGCGGCGUGAUUGCUGGCCUCGUCUCUUGCGGGAUCGUGAUGGCGACCAUGUCCAACAGCAACAACCUGAUGCAGGAACUCAAGACUGGGUAUCUAACCCUGACCUCACCGCGCGCCGUGUUCAUCAGCCAGGCGAUCGGCACGGGGCUCGGGUGCGUCAUCAACCCGGUCAUGUUCUGGGCCUUCUACAAGGCGCAGGACGGCGACACCAACCUCUUCGACGCGCCCUACGCCCGGGUGUACCGCGGCAUCGCCAUGCUGAGCGCCGGCCAGAACGGGCUGCCCUUGCACAGCCUGUGGCUCUGCAAGCUCUUCUUCGUGCUGGCGCUGGCUCUGAGCGUGCUCCGGGAUGUGGCCUCUCGGAAGCAGUGGCGCAUGGCGCCGUACAUGCCGAGCACCAUCUGCGUGGCCAUCGCCUUCGUGGUGCCAGCGCGCAUGCCCAUCGACAUGUUCGUGGGCAGCCUGGCGAUGUGCCUAUGGAGGCACACGGACUCCAGCAAAGCACGGGCGUUCUCGGCGGCGGUGGCAUCGGGGCUGAUAUGCGGGGACGGGCUCGGGAACCUGCUGUCGUCAAUGAUAGCGCUGACGCCCGCAACGGCGCCCAUCUGCAUCAAGUUCGUGUCGAGCAGCGAAAACGUCAAGUUGGACGCCUUCCUGGCUACACUGACUAGGACAUAGCUUCUUCUUGGGAUCUUUGUAAAUUUUCGGUA